AUAAAGUUUGAAAAUUUUUUUUUUUUUUUCAGUCAUCGUAUAUAAAAUAAUAUUUUAUCAUCCUAUUCAUCGUAUAUUAAAUAAUAUUUAUCAUCUUACUCAUCGUAUAUUAAAAUAAUAUUUUAUCAUCCUACCGCAGUAGCAAAUAUUAUUAUUAUUCGUCAUGUCCGAUAAAAAUGAAUGGAUUAAAGAAGCCAUUGCUAAAAAAUUUUUUAAAUUUUAUGAGUAUAAGGAUUUUAGUAAUGUCCAAAAAAUUGGUGUGGGUGGAUUUGGAACAGUUUACCGUGCAAAUUGGAAAGAUUCGGACCAGAUUUUUGCUUUAAAAACUUUUAAUAGUAUAAACAAUGAUACUGCAAAAGAACUCGCUCGAGAGUUGGAACUUCAACGCGAAGUUGAUUAUCAUAAUAAUAUUAUUCGUUUCUACGGGAUUACGGUAUUUGAAGGGGAACAAAACGUAUUUAAACAUUAUUCAUUGGUAAUGGAAUAUGCUAAUCAUGGUACACUUCGAAAGUAUUUGAAGAAAGAUCUUACUUGGGAUAAUAGAUUUGAAAUCGCUUACCAAUUGGCUUGCGCAGUUUCAUGCUUACAUGAUGAAGGAAUUGUACAUAGUGAUUUGCACUCUAACAAUGUAUUGGUUCAUCAAGAUGCUAUCAAAUUGGCUGAUUUUGGAUUAUCAAAAAGAAUCGAAAAAGUAUCAGCGUCAUCCAAAAGUACAUCAAAAUUAUUCGGUAUUGCUCCUUAUGUUGAUCCAAAAAAGAUUGAAAACAGUAAAUAUAAAUUAAAUAAAAAGAGUGAUGUAUAUAGUAUUGGAGUAUUAUUAUGGGAAAUAUCCAGUGGUAAACCACCUUUCGCAAAUAAUGAAAAACAAGGUUAUUUCUUAAGCUUGGAUAUUUCACAAGGUACUCGAGAAAAAAUUAUUCCUGAUACACCUAUAGAUUAUUCUAAACUUUAUACAGAGUGUUGGGAUGGAAACCCAGAUAAUCGUCCAAAUAUGAAAGAAGUUCUUAAUCGAUUAAAAAAAUUUAUUGAUAAAUCAACCAAUGAUGACCAAACAGACCAAACAGAUAAUUCCAUUAAGGAUCAUAACACCGUAUUAAAUAGCGAUGAAAUUAAUGAAAUUAAAAAUUCACCAUUUUCUUCUGAUAUUAAAUUUCCUACAAGUGAACUAAAUGUAGCAUUAGAAAAUCUAGAUAAAAAUUCGAACGGUUCUUCUAUUGGUAAAUUUAUUAUAAAUGAAUUAGGAGUGUUAAUAGAACAAGAACAAACAAAGGAUAAUUUAAAUAACAAUAUAUCAAAUAUUAAUGAAAUUAAAAAUUCGGAUUCUUCUUCUGUCGCUGAUAAAUUUGAAAUAAAAGAAACAAUAGAAAUAAGGGAACAAGAAAAAACAAGUAACGACAAAACAGAUAACUUAGAUAACAACAUCACCUUUAUUAUAUCGAAUGUUGACGAAAUUAAAGAUUCGAAUAUUUCUUCUAUCGCUGAUAAAUUUGAAAUAAAAGAAACAAUAGAAGUAAUAGAAGUAACGGAAAAAGAAAAAGAAAGCAAUGAUCAAAUAAAUAAUUUGGAUAAUAUGAUUUCAAAUAAUUAUGAAACUAGAAGUUCAGAUUUUUCUCUCGUUGAUAAAUUUGAAAUUAAAGAUACAAUCGAAGUAACGAAAAACGAAAGAGGGAUAAAAUUAAUAGACAUGGUAGCGGAUUGCUUUGAUAGCGGAGUUGAUGAUUCUGAGAAAGAAUUUGCUGAAAAUAAAUAUUUAAGUUUACUAGAUGUUCUUCUUGAUGGGUUGGAUGAUGAUGAUAAAAUGGGAUUAUAUCAAUCUUUUGCAAAAGUUAAUAAUAGGGUUGGUAAGAUUAAUAUUCCUAAAAUUGUUGAAGAUUAUAAAGUAGGAGAAGGGAUAGCAAAAGAAUUAACAAAUCUAAUAUAUGAAGGUAAAGAUGAAUUAAAUAAAGUAUUUAAAUAAAAUUUGUAUUUGAUGUUUUCGUAACUGACGUAUAUAUACGUACAUAAAAAUAUUAAUAAAUAGUAAUAAUAAAUUUUGCUUGAAUUAAUUAAAGUUUAACCAUUAAUAUAGUUUUAAUAUAGUUGUGAUAUUUUUACAUGAAUCAGGCGAGUAUUAUAUGGUUCGCAACGAAAAUUAUCUCAUAUAUGUAUCGUAUUUGUGUCACGUGAACAUGCGAUAAAUACUUGCAAUAUUUCUUUAUUUUUUUCCAAUCUUAAUAAUUUACCAUUCGAAACAUUUAAAAUAAAUAUCUUCAAUAUCUUCAUAUCUUUCAAUAAUACCUUCAUUUUUAUAAUUUUCGAAUAUCGAUAAAAAUUUAUCCGUAUCAACCAUAUAAAAUUUUAAUGGUGUUCUUCCUCUCCAAUUUUCAAAAAAUAAAUUUAAAGAAAUUUGAUCAAAAUCCCAAUAAUAAUAAAAUUUAAAUUUAAAUAAAUUAAUUGGAGAAGAUUU